AUGAGUGCUAGCGCCGGCAUCAACACCGAAGACGAGGUCAAUGUGUUCGUCGAUCUGGAUCACAACCACACUAGAGGCAGUGACUUUGCAACACACAAUGGACGUAAGCUGCUGAUUGCGCGUGGGGUGACUAAGAUGGCCAGGACGGAGAUCUUCCGUGCUGUGCGAGGACUGGCAGUAACUCAGUUGGUGAGGGUUUGCCCCGAUGCACCACCCAUGAACGGCGUGAUGCGCGGACAGAUUUACGUGCAGAAUCUGCCGUGUUCAGUGGUGGCUCAUGUACUGGAUCCACAAGAGGGAGAUGUGAUUCUCGAUAUGUGUGCAGCUCCGGGAGGUAAAACUUCUCAUGUUGCCACGUUGAUGAGGAAUAAGGGAAUACUGGUGGCUUGUGACCGAUCGAAGCGGAAAGCGCUGGAGCUACGUACGCUUUGUGAGGAUCUGCAUCUCGACUGUGUGGAGCCACUAAAGAUGGACUCUACUCACGCAUUGCUGCCUAAAGACAAGGUGGACACGGCGCCGCAGAGCGGCGACUACACGAGUGUGGCGCAGGUUCUAGCUCGAGCGAAGCAGAGUACACCAAGCCAAGCUCGCCUUCUGCAAGUAGAAGGGUUCUAUCCCGAGACGUUCGAUCGCAUCCUGUUAGAUCCUCCUUGUUCUGCGCUUGGUUUGCGUCCGCGGUUGCUGCACGCUGGUGAUGCUGACAACCUGGCGGAGUACACGAACAUGCAGCGCAACUUCUUGUGGGUCGCGGCGUUCCUGCUUAAACCUGGUGGAACUCUCGUGUACUCGACAUGUACGAUCAACCCGAAGGAAAACGAGCAGAUGGUGCAUCAUGCGCUGCAGAACUACCCGCUGAAGCUCGUUUCGCAAGGCGAAGCUCACCUCGGCGAUCGUGGUCUGCCUGGUCAGGGUCUUACCGAUGAGGAAGCCUCUCUCGUACAGCGCUUUGACCCUGCGAAUACCGAUCUGGACACCAUGGGCUUCUUCUGCGCCAAAUUCAUCAAGACUGGACCCAUUCGACAGGAUCAGACCCCAGCAACGCCUUAAGCUGCUGGUAGAAUACUCAUAUACUCAUAGAUUUUUUCCUUUCCGUUG